AUGGCAAUGGUACAGUUUGGAUGUGUGACAUUUAUCAUUGUGGUUCGGAACUGGGAAGAUGAAGAAGCUAGCUCUGGAACCAGCCUCUUAAGGUCACAGAAUAAAACAAUGGUAAAGCUAGAAGUGUGCCGGUCCAACAAAAGCCCCUGGGUCUGUUUGACUUGUUCAAGUGUCCACUGUGGAAGGUAUGUGAAUGGCCAUGCAAAAAAACAUUAUGAAGAUGCACAAGUACCCUUAGCUAAUCAUAAGAAAUCAGAAAAGCAAGAUAAACCUCAGCACACAGUGUGUAUGGAUUGCAGUAGCUACAGUACAUACUGUUAUCGCUGUGAUGAUUUUGUGGUUAAUGACACCAAGCUGGGACUGGUACAGAAAGUCAGAGAACACUUACAGAACUUGGAAAACUCCGCUUUCACGGCUGACAGGCAUAGGAAAAGAAAACUUUUGGAAAAUUCAUCACUAAACACCAAGUUAUUAAAAGUAAAUGGAAGCACCACUGGCAUUUGUGCCACAGGCCUUCGGAAUUUGGGGAACACAUGUUUCAUGAAUGCCAUCCUUCAGUCACUCAGUAACAUUGAGCAGUUUUGCUGUUAUUUCAAAGAACUGCCCGCUGUGGAGUUAAGGAAUGGGAAAACAGCAGGAAGGCGAACAUACCACACCAGGAGCCAAGGGGAUAACAAUGUGUCUUUGGUCGAAGAGUUUAGAAAGACACUCUGUGCUUUAUGGCAAGGUAGCCAGACUGCAUUUAGCCCAGAGUCCUUAUUUUAUGUUGUUUGGAAGAUCAUGCCAAAUUUUAGGGGCUAUCAGCAACAGGAUGCCCAUGAAUUCAUGCGAUACCUUUUGGACCACCUGCACCUGGAACUCCAGGGUGGUUUCAAUGGCGUUUCCCGCUCAGCAAUUCUGCAGGAGAAUUCUGCUCUGUCUGGAAGUAACAAAUGUUGCAUGAAAGGGAUUUACAAGACAAACUCCCUAGAGACAGAAAGAAAAGAAAAUGGAGCAUCUACGGUUGUCACAGCUAUAUUCGGAGGUAUUCUCCAGAAUGAGGUUAACUGCCUCAUAUGUGGGACAGAAUCUAGAAAGUUUGAUCCAUUCCUAGACCUUUCAUUAGAUAUUCCAAGUCAGUUCAGAAAUAAGCGCUCUAAGAAUCAAGAAAAUGGACCAGUUUGUUCAUUACGAGAUUGUCUUCGCAGUUUUACUGACUUAGAAGAACUCGAUGAGACAGAGUUAUAUAUGUGCCACAAAUGCAAAAAGAAACAAAAAUCCACUAAAAAGUUUUGGAUUCAGAAACUACCCAAGGUACUAUGCUUACAUCUGAAACGAUUUCACUGGACUGCAUAUUUAAGAAACAAAGUUGAUACCUAUGUAGAAUUUCCAUUGAGAGGCCUAGACAUGAAAUGCUACUUACUAGAGCCUGAGAACAGUGGCCCGGAGAGCUGCCUGUAUGACCUUGCUGCUGUGGUGGUGCACCAUGGUUCUGGGGUCGGUUCUGGACAUUACACAGCAUAUGCAACUCAUGAAGGUCGCUGGUUCCAUUUCAAUGACAGUACUGUAACGCUGACUGAUGAAGACACCGUUGUGAAGGCAAAGGCCUACAUCCUUUUUUAUGUGGAACGCCAGGCCAAAGCUGGAUCAGAUAAACUUUAAUACCUCCUUUAAAUCAUUAUUUGUCAACUAUACCG